AUGAAGUGCUGUCUGCUUCUGGGAAUUUCAAUCUGGAUUAUUUUUAUUCCCAGACUCACCUAUAGCGGUUUCAUAUUAAAAAAUGCAAUUUGCAAAUCAGUUAAUAAUAGUUACAUCAACUUUACCCGCUGCGAAAUGAAAUUAUUACGAAGAGGGAUGUCAUCCUUCUUUAUGAUCGGACAAGUGUACCAGAUUCCCGUGGAAAAUGUCGACAUUAAUGUGGCUCUUUUUAAGAAAUCCAAUGGAUAUCGUCCAUUUCUUUUUAAUCAGAGCUUUGAUUAUUGUUACUACAUGCGUAAUCCUCAGGCAUAUCCUUUGAUUUAUACUCUACACAAAGUAUUUAUUUCCUCAUCGAACAUCAAUCAUACGUGUCCCUACGAUCAUGAUAUUAUUCUCGACAAUUUUGUGUAUAAAAAAGGCGAUAUGAUGGAACUACCAAUUCCUAGUGGGGAAUAUAUGAUUAAAAUCGGAAUAAUAACUUAUAAAAUUUGGCGGGGACACGUAAGCAUUUAUGUAACAAAAGAAUCAUAG